UCUCUCUCACUCUCUCUCUCGAUGUUUCCACUUCUCUUCCUCCUCCUCUUACUCUCUCCUUCGACGGCUGAGUCUCUGAGCCAAGACGGCCUUUUCCUGCAGCAAGUCAAGCGCAGUCUCUCCGACCCAGCCGGCUCCCUCGCCACCUGGAACGACCGCGACGACACGCCAUGCAACUGGUUCGGCGUCACCUGCGACAACGCCACCGCCGCUGCUCGCCGCGUCAUCUCCCUCGACCUCUCCAACUCUCAGCUUGCCGGCCCUUUCCCGACCGUCCUAUGCCGCCUCCCCUCUCUCUCGAGUCUCUCUCUUCUCAACAACCUCAUCAACUCCAGCCUCCCACCCGAUCUCUCCAGGUGUCAGCGUCUCCAGUACCUGAGCCUGUCGCAGAACCUCUUCGUGGGCCCCAUCCCGGAGACACUCUCUCAAAUCCCGAACCUCCGGGUUUUGGACCUCUCCGGGAACAACUUUUCCGGCGAGAUCCCGGCGAGUUUUGGGGAGUUCCGGCAUCUUGAAACGCUCGACGUGAUUGAGAACCUUCUGAACGGCUCGAUACCCAUUUCUCUGAGCAAGAUUUCGAGUCUGAAGGAGCUUAUGCUCGCUUACAACCCGUUCUCGCCGAGCUCGAUUCCGAGUGAAUUCGGUAACCUGACGAGUCUAGAGUUUCUUUGGCUCGCUGGGUGUAAUCUCGUGGGUCAGAUUCCGGCGAGUCUUGGUGGAUUGACUCUCCUGAAAAACCUCGAUUUGUCUUUGAACCGACUCACUGGGUCGAUCCCGAGUUCGAUAACAAAGUUGAAAAGUAUAGUCCAGAUUGAGCUAUAUAACAACUCGCUUUCCGGCGAGUUGCCGUCGGGGAUGUCUAACUUGACGUCCUUGUCGAGGUUCGACGCGUCGAUGAACGAGUUGAGUGGGGCGAUUCCAGACGAGUUGUGCGGCUUGUCACUCGAGUCACUGAACCUGUACGAGAAUCGCUUCGAAGGGUCUUUACCCGAGAACAUAACUCGGUCAGCAAAGUUGUACGGACUCAAACUCUUUAACAACAAACUCAGUGGCCCAUUACCGAGUCAGCUCGGCAAGAACUCGCCGUUGCAGUACGUUGACCUUUCGUACAAUGGAUUUUACGGUGAAAUUCCAAACCAUUUGUGUGAAAAGGGUGCGUUGGAAAACCUUCUUUUGAUAUACAAUUCAUUUUCUGGGAAAAUUCCAGAGAGUCUGGGAAAAUGCCAGAGCUUACACCGGGUUCGGUUGAAGCACAAUAAGCUUUCGGGUACGGUUCCUGAAAGAUUCUGGGGAUUACCCCAUGUGUAUUUGCUUGAGCUUGAAGAGAAUUCUCUGUCUGGAAACAUUGCUACAAUGAUUUCCGGUGCAUAUAAUCUGUCUUUGUUGAAGAUUUCCAAAAACCAGUUUUCCGGGUUGAUACCUGAGGAGAUAGGGGAACUGAGGAAUCUUCUUGAGUUUACGGGUAGUGAAAACAGGCUUUCCGGCCGAAUUCCGGGGAGAUUGGUGAAGUUGAGUCAAUUGGGCAGGCUUGAUCUUCGCGAUAAUGAGCUUUCGGGCCAGAUUCCGGUGGGAAUUCGAGCUUGGAGGAAGCUCAAUGAGCUUAAUUUGGCGAACAACAGGUUAAACGGCGAAAUCCCAGGUGAAAUUGGGAGCUUGCCGGUGCUUAAUUAUCUCGAUCUUUCCGGGAACCUAUUUUCCGGGAAAAUCCCACCGGAAUUGCAAAAUUUGAAGCUCAAUUUGCUCAACUUAUCGAAUAACAGGUUGUCCGGAGACAUCCCUCCUCUGUACGCUAAUAAGAAUUACAGGAGUAGCUUCGUCGGCAAUCCGGGCUUGUGCGGUGACAUUCCUGAUCUUUGUCCUUCUGUCGGCCGAAGCAAAAACCAGGGCAGUUUGUGGAUUCUUCGAUCGAUCUUCAUGCUUGCCGGCAUUGUUUUUGUCGUCGGCGUCUUAUGGUUCUUUUCCAAGUAUCGGACAUUCAAGAAGAACAAGAAAGAAAGUGCUAUUUCCAAGUGGAGGUCUUUCCACAAGCUUGGUUUCAGUGAGUUUGAAAUCAUUGGUGGUCUCCACGAAGAAAAUGUGAUCGGCACCGGAGCUUCCGGGAAAGUCUACAAGGUUGUGCUCAGCAAUGGCGAGGUGGUGGCGGUGAAGAAACUGUGGGGAGGAGGAGCAAAGAAGAAAGAGGACGGCGUCGGCGGCAGCGUUGAUUCGGAGAGAGAUGGGUUCGAAGCUGAAGUUGAAACAUUGGGGAAGAUCCGGCACAAGAAUAUUGUGAGGUUAUGGUGCUGCUACGACACCGGCGAUUGCAAGCUUCUGGUUUAUGAAUUCAUGCCCAAUGGAAGCUUGGGGGAUUUGCUGCAUAGCAGCAAGGGAGGCUCGUUGAAUUGGCCGACAAGGUACAAGAUUGCUCUGGAUGCAGCCGAAGGGCUUUCCUAUCUGCAUCAUGAUUGUGUUCCUCCCAUUGUUCAUAGGGAUGUGAAAUCAAACAACAUAUUGUUGGAUGGAGAGUUGAGAGCCAGAGUUGCAGAUUUCGGAGUUGCUAAGGCUGUUGCACAUGUCGGCAAAGAGGUGGACGUAGAAGCCAUGUCUGUCAUCGCAGGCUCCUGUGGUUACAUUGCUCCAGAAUAUGCAUACACGCUUCGGGUGAAUGAGAAGAGCGACAUAUACAGUUUCGGAGUAGUGAUUUUGGAGUUGGCAACAGGAAGGCUCCCGGUUGAUCAAGAAUUUGGAGAGAAAGACUUGGUAAAAUGGGUGUAUACCACUGUCGACCAGAAGGGAGUCGACCAUGUAAUCGACGCUAAACUAGGCUCUGAGUAUAGGGAAGAGAUCAGCAAAGUCGUUGACAUCGGCCUUCUCUGCACCAGCCCGCUACCCAUUAACCGCCCUUCGAUGCGGAAGGUGGUGAAGUUGCUGCAGGAGGCUGGUGCAGAGAGCAGGCCGAAGAUUGCUAAGAAGGAUGGGGAGCUCUCCCCUUACUAUUAUGAAGAGACCUCUAAUCAAGGAGCUAGAGUUUAAAGAAUGAGAAAUAUUAUUUAGUAGAUUGUUAUACUUGUCAUUGUCACGUUAUUCAAUUAUAUGACAGUCGUAUAACAGUUUAUUUAAUAACAUUACUCUUAAAGAAUUCCCUUUAUUCCAAUUUCGUGGUGGUGCAUGUUUUCAUGGGGUGUAAGGAAUUUGAUGGAACCGAUGGGAGAGAGAUAAGAGAGUUCCACUUGAAAAUGAUAGCUUAGGGCCCAAGAUUAGGACGUUAAUGGGUGUAGCCAUUAAAGUAUCAAGUAGUUCCUCCUUUGUUAGGUGAUUGUAACAUGCAUGCAACUGAGAAAAAUAUCAAUUAUUAUUAUUGGGGGGCAUAUUUUCCCUGUUAGCUAAGGCAGUGACCCUCAAAUCUGUCCUUGUACUGCUGUUGCUUUCCAUCCUUAAUUAGGUGAUUGGAACAUGCAAAUGUAAGAAAUGUCAAAUCAUGAAUACUUGUUUU